CAUCGCUCUUCUAUGUUAGCUUCCUCUGUCUUCCUCCUCAGCUGUGCUUCUUUGCUACAUUUCUUCCACUUAAAACUAUAUGUUAUCUUUAAUUAACCGAGUGCCUGGUAGCAGAAGAAAUUGGAGAGACAGACAGCAAAAAAAGAUACAACUACACAAUUAAAAUACAGAGUCUGCUGAGUUUAGUACGCAGAGACUGCUAAGGUGUUUAGUAAGCCUUUUUGAGGUUAAUGCAUAGCUUGGUGAGCAGACUGGAAUAGAAAUGGAGGGAAUGGAUUUUGAGGGUAAGAAGUCCAAGAGGUACUGCAUGAAGAAAAAGCAUGUAGUCAUCAUUUGUGCAGUGGUGGCUGCUGUAGGUUUAGCUGUAGGACUUGGCGUGGGAUUGAGCAGACCUGAGCCCUGCCAAUCUUCAGGAGGAACAGAAAAGCCAGCACAAAAGCCAACAGAAUCCCCUGCGACCUCUUCCCCAGUGCAACUGGGCCACUGCCCUCCCAAAAAUGAUCAGACUGGAGAAUGGAGACAUUUCAGGCUACCGACGUACAUCAUCCCAGAACACUACGACUUGGAACUGAAGCCAGAGAUGGCUGCAGAUACUUAUACAGGGACAGUCAACAUCUCCAUGAAGCUGGAUAACCAUACCAAGUACAUAUGGCUUCACCUUCGUAACAUUGAGAUCACAGCAAUGCCCAUGCUCCGGAGAUCCUCAUCGGUACUUGCGGUCCAGCCCGAGAUUGCAGUGAAACAGUGUUUUCAAUACCAGCCUCAAGAAUAUUUGGUGAUUGAAGCAGAAGAAUACCUAAUGCCUGACACCAUAACUACCACCUAUAUACUGACCUUGAAGUUCCAAGGCCGGCUGGAUGGCUCCCUGGUUGGCUUUUACAGAACCACCUACAUGGAGAACGGGACAACCAAGAGCAUUGCAGCCACAGAUCAUGAGCCAACUGAUGCGCGGAAGUCCUUUCCUUGCUUUGAUGAGCCAAACAAAAAGGCAACUUACAACAUAACUAUCAUCCAUGAAGAUGCAUACAAAGCACUUUCAAAUAUGCCAGUGGAGCAAAUCAUUCCACUGGGUAAUGGCUGGACCAGGACUACUUUUCAAAAAUCUGUUCCCAUGAGCACUUACCUGGUAUGCUUUGCUGUGCACCAGUUUAGCUUUAUAGAAAAAAUAUCUGCCAGUGGAAAACCGCUCAGGAUUUAUGCACAGCCACAGCAGAUACACACAGCAGAAUAUGCAGCAAAUGUUACAAAAAUUGUAUUUGACUUCUUCGAACACUACUUUAACAUGAGCUAUUCUCUUCCAAAAUUAGAUAAGAUUGCGAUUCCAGAUUUUGGUACCGGUGCUAUGGAGAACUGGGGUCUGAUCACAUACAGAGAAACAAACCUACUUUAUGAUGCUAAAGAAUCUGCCUCUUCUAACAAACAGAGAGUAGCAGCUGUGAUUGCCCAUGAGCUGGUUCACCAGUGGUUUGGGAAUAUUGUGACCAUGGACUGGUGGGAUGACUUAUGGCUAAAUGAAGGAUUUGCCAGUUUCUUCGAGUUCCUGGGAGUAAAUGCUGCAGAAGCUGAUUGGGAAAUGCUUGACCAGGUUUUAAUAGAUGAUGUACUUCCUGUGAUGAAGGAGGACUCUUUGACAACUUCCCAUCCUAUUGUGGUCAAUGUUUCAUCUCCAGCUGAAAUAACAUCUGUAUUUGAUGGAAUAUCAUACAGCAAGGGUGCAUCAAUUCUCAGAAUGCUUCAAAACUGGAUUACUCCAGAACAUUUCCAAAAAGGAUGUCAGGAGUAUCUAAAGACAUACCAGUUCAAGAAUGCAAAGACAGAUGAUUUCUGGGGAUCCCUGGCAAAAGCAAGUGGUCAACCAGUCAAGGAAGUGAUGGACACCUGGACCAGGCAGAUGGGAUAUCCUGUCUUAGAGUUGUACUCUAAUUUAACCAUCCAACAAAAACGUUUUCUCUUGGAUCCCAAGGCACAUCCUUCUGAACCACCUUCUGAAUUAGGUUACACAUGGAAUAUUCCAGUGAAAUGGCGUGCCGGGAACACAACACUGACAUUUUACAAUAAGUCAGAGUCUGCAGGAAUUACCAUAAAGCCCAUCAACCUACCUCCCAAUUCUUUCUUGAAAAUAAAUACAGACCAUGUUGGAUUUUAUCGUGUAAAUUAUGAGCCACAGACAUGGAAAGAUUUAGCCAAUUACCUGAUUAAGAACUACCAGUCAUUUUCGUCUGCUGACCGUGCUGGAGUUUUGGAUGAUGCCUUUUCUUUGGCAAGGGCUGACAUUGUGAAUUACUCUGUCCCUCUGGAUCUAACAAAUUAUCUACAAAAUGAAACGGAAUAUUUACCUUGGCAGAGAGUUAUAGUGGCAGUAACAUAUCUCAGUGACAUGCUUAAAGAUGAUAAAGACUUGUACCCUGUUUUCCAGAACAUUUUUCAGACUCUUGUUAAGCCCAUUACACAGCAGCUGGGUUGGAAUGAUGAGGAAGAUGGUCCUGGAACACAUGUGAGAAGGCUUCUUCGUGCCUCUGUUUUAGAUUUUGCGUGCAGUAUGGGUGAUCAAGAUGCCUUGAAUAAUGCUUCUAAAUUAUUUGAAGAAUGGAUAAAUGGAAGAAGUCUUCCUGUAAAUCUCCGGCUCUUGGUGUACCGCUAUGGGAUGCAGAACUCUAGGAACGAGACACAUUGGAACUACAUGUUUCAGAAAUACCAAACUACUCCAUUAGCUCAAGAGAAAGAAAAGUUGCUGUAUGGCUUGGCAUCAGUGCAGAACAUCACACUUUUGGACAGGUAUCUAAAAUACAUUUACAACACCAGUUUUAUUAAAAGUCAGGAUGUGUUUACUGUACUGAGGUACAUCUCCUAUAAUACUUAUGGCAAAAACAUGGCAUGGGACUGGAUACGGCUCAACUGGGAAUACUUAGUUGGCAGAUACACUAUCAAUGAUCGAAAUCUUGGACGAAUAGUAUCAAUAACACAGACCUUCAACACUGAAUUUCAGCUUUGGCAGAUGGAAAAUUUCUUUGAGAAGUAUCCUAAUGCUGGAGCAGGAGCAGCACCCAGGAAGCAGGCCAUUGAAACAGUGAAGAGCAAUAUUGAAUGGCUAACACGAAACAAGAAAGAAAUAGAAGCAUGGCUAAAACCUUAAUGCAUUACUUCCAACUUGCAAACCCCCCCCCCCUUAAAUUGUAUGCACUGAGACCCAGGUCCUGAAAGCAAUGAGAGUUAGGGUCUAGGACUUACUGUUUCUUAAGUAAAGGUGUUGUUACAUGUUCAAAUUCACACAUGCUAACUCUAAGGAAUGUUAGGUGAUAUUAAAACUAGCAAGUGUUAUGAGCAGUUGCGCAUUAAGGAUUAAUACCCUCUCUAACAUGUACAGCUCUGACUUGCUGUUAGAGGACUGGCAAGCAAGGGUGUGGCUAGGGGCUACCAAGUCUGCCUUGUAGCUGCCCAGCUUUCCAGCAGCUCCAUGCCCUCCCCUCCUCACAGCUCCUCAUCAGCCUCCCAUUCACCUACCCCUCCACUUUCUCCACUCAUUUGUGGCCUGGCUCUCCCUGGCUCUGUCAAUCUAAGGCAGUAGAGUUUCAGAUGCUGUCUGUGGGGGUGGGUGGGAGCAGCGCACCCUGGGAUACUGGAGUACCACAAAUUGCCAUUAUUAGCCCCAUGGAAGGGACUGGCAUUACUGCAACAUGAGCUGCCUAACACCAACUGGAGAUAAUCCUUGCCUACAGAAGUGUAACUUUGAGGUGUUCAGAGGGCACUUAGCUUGUCUUUUCCUGCCUUAUUGAAUGGACACUCCCAUCUUAAGAGUACUUAGCAUGUGCAAAAGGUAACAUUUAACAACACCAUAAAACACUGAGAAGUCGAUUUUCAAACCACUCUUUGAAUUGUGUGCAAUUGCCAGAUCACAACCUGCAAACACUUAUGCACCUGAAUAACUUUACCCAUGUAAGUCCUUCCACUAAGAUACACGAUACUGCCUGUAGAAGUAAAGCUACUCAGUGAUGUAAAAAUUGGGCAUUUCUUUGUCCAGCUGAUUUCUUUGUCCAAGUGAUGGCAAAAUUGGGCAUUUCUUUGUCCUGCUGAUUUAUAUCCAUCUAGACAAAGGCAGCCACAUAAAAGUAUUUAAGACACUCAGGGAUCCUUUCAAAAUGUACUUUUUAGGUUAAUCAUUCCAAAGAACAGCUAAUUGAGCAGUAAUUUGAACUUGUUUAAAAACCACUUUGUAUAUUUAUAUCUACAAAAAACCCCAAAUGUUUAGGAUUGAGCUUUGCACUCUUAUUACUAAGAAAUGCCAGUUACUCUUGUCUCUGGUACUGGUACUAAAGGGAUUGACAUUACUAUUUUAACUGAUUUUAUUAUUUGGCAUUCUGUAAGUUUUAUAUUUUGGUGGCAUUUGUAUGAUCUCUACACCCUGUCAAACAAAGAGCCUGUGACAGCAGGCACCGUAGACAAGUAAGGAGGCCUGUCACCUCUUCUUUCUUUGUGAAAACACAAGGGAACAUGAAAGCUCGCCUACCAGUCUCUCUCAAAAGCAGAUCAGUGGAGUGAGAUUGAACCUCCUUUCUCUUUUUGCCCUGAUAUACCCCUAAGGGAGAAUAUUGCUGCAGAGGGAUACUAAACUACCUAAGACUGAAAUGAGCAGGGCUUUUAUCAAACUGCCUGCCCUACAACUCCCUUAAACCACUGCAAGGAGGCCAGAGAGCAGCUUGGCUGACCUCAAGUGAUUAACUGUGAAAUAAUAAACAUUUUCCCCAACUUUCAAAAGUUAGAGAGUCAGGAAUAGUGAAGCUCUAUUCAUUAGUACUCCCUUCUACACAUUUCAGACUAAAUCAACCUUAGUAUGCUUGGAUGGCUUCAUGGGAGAUCAGAGAAUACUAGUGAUCUAAUCUAUUGCUCUGUGAAAGGAAGUGUCAGCCAGCAUUCUGCAAAUAAACUUUUAAGGUUUUUUAACUUCCAGUGAUUAUAACUUGCUACCAACAUUUGCUGCUAUUCAGAAAAAGCACAAGGCAAGAAGCCAGGAGAUUUCUUCAAAGCUUUUGCCUUUGAGUAGCUUCACAGUCUGAGAUGGGUAGUGAAAGGGAAGCAAGUGGUAUACAAAACCAAAACAUGAAUGAUAGAUUUUCACAGUGCAGGAGCUAUUCAAAAUGUACUUUUGUGUUUCCAUUUAAUGAGUUCUUGUCUGCUUGCCUACUUAACAGGACCAGUAUGUAUCACAGGUAUCUUAGAUCCAGUCAACUUGUCUUUGUGCUGUGAAAGACUUUGGGAUUUAAAUACAAACAAACACACUGUGGUUUCAGUGUUUUAA